UGGGCUUGUUCCGGGCCGACGUCAUUGGGAGGGCAAGCCAGACACCCGUUUUCUGUCUCUGAUUUACACGCUCGGAUUUAAUUGAUCACGCUGCUUCUUCUCUAUUUAUUUUGAAAAAUCCAAAAAUGGCAGCCCCCAGAUGCUCUUUAAUUGGGAAGAGUUGAAACGACAACGGAAAUGUCCCACAGUACAUAAGCUAUAUUAUGUGACGAACACAAUGAAGAUUCACCACCGCCCACCUCUGUUCACCUUCUAGCAAUCGCGAAAAUAUCCUGUUUAACUUGUGUUAUAUAUGUUGACACAUAAAACUAGAUAAUCGACAGAGACGACAUUUCUGGUAUCUAAACUCGAUUCGAAACACGCGCUCUUGCCGCUUCGCAAUCGCUGAUGUUCGGUACGCAAGAGCACUGCCUACAGAUCAAACACCUACCGACGCGUGGUUCCUUCACUUCAGUCCGAUUCGGCUAUUACACAGAGCAACCCCAAGAAAUUCGCUGUAGAGUCAUCUUUUAACAGCCAAGUAAUCUAAACAUAUAUUCACCCUUCCAUCACCACCUAUAGGUUGUAUCGAUUGAGCAACAGCUUGUUUGAAUUACAUAGUUAUCGAAUCCUGUUUUUGCCCAGCUCAUGACUUUGUCUGUUCGCUAUGACGGAAGACAUUCGUGGAGGUUCAUCCUCCCCCGAGCUUGCCAGCAUCAGGGGAGCCAGCGAUUCUUGCGAAGACGCAUCGCCACUGAUGGAUCAUGCUAGGCCAUGUAUUCCUGCGAUCUUUGUGCACGCUGGCGCUGGAUUUCAUAGCCAACAAAAUGAACACGUCCACUUGAAAGCAUGUGUAUCCGCGGCCGAAAUGGGAAUGAAAUUUCUCAAGUCUGGGGCUACUGCCACCGAAGCAGUUGAAGCUGCGCUAAAGGUUCUUGAAGAUGAAGAGAUUACAAAUGCGGGAUAUGGUUCCAAUUUAUCUAUUGACGGUACUGUUGAAUGCGAUGCGACUAUUGUCGAUCAUUUCGGGCGAAGCGGCGCUUGUGGUGCAGUCCCAAGUACGUUGUUCACAGUAGCCAACACAGAAAACCAAAGGCUAACCGAAUUCCACGAUAUAGAUAUCAAGAAUCCAAUAUCUCUGGCAAAAUUAAUUCUAGACAAAAGCAGCCAGCCCCUCAGCCUUCGUCGAGUCCCACCAAAUAUACUUGUUAGUAACGGCGCACGUGCGUUUGCCGAAGAGCAUGGUAUCCCAUUAUACCCCAACGAAGCUUUGAUUUCGAAGAGUUCAAGAAAUCGAUUUCUACGAUGGAGAGAAGACCUCUUGCUGGCUCAGGAAAAGGAGAAAGCCGGCCAUGCUACUGGGGCAUCGUCAAGCCCCCAGAACUGUACGCCAUGCGAUUAUCGCACCUCACCACCCGCCGAGUCACGUACUCGGUUUUCUAGAGAUCAUGCGGCGGCAGUUCUAACAGGCACAUGGAAUGAAGGCCAAACAGACUCACCACUUCCGGGAACACCAGCCGAAACUUGUGACACUGCCCCAGGAUAUCUUUCAUUCAAAGGAGCCAGCCUCUAUAGCCUUGGACGGUCUAAGGAUGAGGCACGGAUUGAUAGCCUUAGAGCCGACACGAGGGCCAUGCAAGAGCAUAGUUUACGACAGCGCCGGAAAAUCUCGCCUGUUAAGUCAUACGCCGAAGUAGCGAACAGAGUCGAUCAAGAUUCGCCAACGCGUAGUCGAAAACGACAGCUAGAUCGAAAGGCGGAUACGAAUCAAGUAGAGGGCAUCGAAACCAAGAAACGUUUAAUGAAGAGCCCGGAAAAUCAUGAUAGAAUCACUGACACUAUCGGUGCCAUUGCGAUUGAUUCAAAUGGUCUGAUAGCCGCAGGUUCGUCCUCAGGUGGAAUUGGUAUGAAACAUCGUGGCCGACUAGGACCUGCUGCGCUAGUUGGAGUAGGAACAGCGGUUGUUCCGGAAGCUAAAGGCGAUAGAGACUUUUUAACCGUGGCAACGGUUACGAGUGGUACGGGAGAACAUAUGGCAACCACGACAGCCUCCCAACGUUGUGCAGAGCGGUUAUAUCACGGCAUUCGGCUGGGCCGUGACGGAAAGCUUGUCAACGAAGACGAUGAGGAUGCUAUAAUGCAAUCUUUCAUAUUGGAUGACUUUAUGGAACACAAAGGUGUCCAAAACUGCCCUUCAGUUGGUGCCAUUGGCGUCAUGGCAGUAAAAAAGUGUCGUGGUGGUAUUUAUUUCUAUUUUGCCCACAACACCGACUCCUUUGCUCUGGCAUCUAUGGGCGGCUAUGAAAAAGCACCGCGCUGCGUGAUGUCUCGCUUGAAUAGUACUAGUGGUAUUGCGACGGGAGCACGAAAGCUGAAGCUAAACUAGAUGUUCACCGUCGUCCACGGUUGGCACUCCAGGAUAUACCCCUACAAGAAUAGAUCACGUCUUCCUAUAACCUACAUACUCUGCGUAUUAGUUCUUACCAUAAUCUUCACAUGUUACUUAGGUAAUACAUUAGAUCCUAAUAAUACAAGUGUAUUGGUCGCUACUCUAUGGCGUGUGUGUGCAUAAACAGAAACGUUGUAAAUUACAUGGGUAUGAUUGCAAAACGCCAUUCCAUGCGUGUCGCCCGAAAUUAAGAGACCCUACGGCCGAGGGGUACCGGUAGCGCUAGAGGUUUCUUCCCGACUAGAGCCGUUUAUGACUCUCUUCUUCUUUUUCUUUUUCUUUGGUAUGACAGCGGGUUUGGCGCCAUAGUUGCCCAGGGCCAGUUUGUUGCCACAAGUAAAACACUGCGAAUCUUCGGGUAGUUCACAGAAGAUUGACAGACAAAUAGAGCAUACAAAUCCAGUAUCAACCACUUUUCCAUGGCAGAAACAGGCUGCCCUAAAAUCCACUGUGUCAUGGGUCGGUGUGAUAAGCGCCUGGCGCGCCUCUGUAUCAGAGAUGAGGCCAAACAUCAGGUAAGACAGCAGUCCUUUAGGGUGUGCGGCUUUAAGAAAUGUUCCAUUGGUAUUGAAGCAGGCUUGUUGCAGAAACGUAGCGUUUCCAGCAAGUGCCAGAGUAUCGAUAGCAAUCUGGGCAUGAGCGGCUGCAAACACGGCAUUCAUUGUCGGGAUGUACUGAGACGGUUCCGAAUCGGAAACGGAGAUGACGACAAUACGGCCUUUCAUAGGCGGUGGCGCAUUUCCUGCAGCAGUUGGUCCAUCUCCAAGUGUAGAAUUCGAUGUACUUAAUGCCUGGCCAGCUUUGUUCAGAUGACAGAGCGCCAGCGUUAAAGCUCCGGAAAGUUGUGUCGUUGUUGUGUCGAGCUCGGCCGAUGUGGUUUCUUUCAUGAGCUUUCGAAUUGAUGAUACGACUGUGGAUUCGAUCUGUGCGAAUUGGGGGAAUUUAUUUGCCGAUGCCGCCUUUGAAGCAUCCGUUGGUGCGUCGUGCAUGGCAACAUCGCCACCGUCAGAUUGCGCUGAUGUUGGUAGUGACGGAUAGAGCCAGACUGCCUUGUUGACAUGCGCCGCAACGACGGCCACCUGAUUGGCGCCAUUGAAAGCCAAAUGUGCAUUGAUAAAGACCAAUAUGCUAGAUAUUGCUUUGAAAAGCGGCAGGUCGUUCUCCAGGGCAGCCCAGGCACGAGGGUUUGUGUCGAUGAUGACGGAGAGCAGCGAGGGUGCUUCCUCGGCAGUCCUGACCUCAUAGUGCUCGGAUUGGUCGACCGCAUCCAUUGUGAGCAGCUAUGAUGCCAGGAGGCACGAGCUAUAUAGUCGAUGGGCAGUAGAGUCGUCUCUGAUAUUGCUAGCUCACGGUACGAACAGAUUGUUAAAAGCGAUGGCUGAAUUGGUUGAGCAGCUGGAGGGUGCAGGCGCGUUGUAGGCUUUAUUAGGAAUAGGGGUUCGGGACACAAAGAUUUAGGAUUUAUAUCUCUGUGUCUCCGGUAUAUAUUUUCAAUUUGAAGCAG